AUGUAUGCCAUUGUUGAAUUUACGGCGGCGGAGGAAGUUGAGGUCGUGCCUUGCACGUGGAUGAAUGGUGAAACCUGUCUGUGGCCAAAAGUGCCAUCAGACAGGGCCACUAGAAUGGUUCGACGCGGAACCGCGCCAGAUGCCAGCUUCCAGCCCUAUGCUGCGGUCGUGAAAGGUGUAUUCCGCACAUAUGAAGAAGGACGUGCAAAAUUGGACGAGGCCCGAUUCAGGUCAGAUUUAUCGGGAUCUGAUGAUGGCAGAAAGCGAAAGAGGGCGAAGCCUCUACGCUACAGCUCAGAAUCGGAUUCUGAUGACUUCCCACAUGCCCCCCUGCAGCUUUCUACGCAGCACAAGACACCUUCUAGUCAGGAGACUCAGAUUCUGCCAUUAGAAACGGAAGCUGCGAACGAGGAUGUCAGGCCAAAUGGGGGUUCACAAUCACAGCAAUCCCAAGCUGUGCUGGUAAGUUUUUUAACAGCGAUACUCCGCCUUACUUUACUCAUUCAAUGCUCCAUUUUCCCUCUUACAGAGUUUCAGCGGCGGGUGAUGACCAGCCUAAAUAUUUUAAGGCACAACCAGGCCGAAAUUAUACAGUUGUUGUCAGUUGCCCUCCAGAGAGCCUCUAGUGCUCAAGAAGAAGCAAUGAAGACGCCUGAGCAAGUGCUGCGCUGCCCAUUAGAAAGUGUGCAGGCAGUCCUGGAGUUCAAUGAGACAUUGAAUGAAGCAAAAAGUGAAGCUCUGGUUCUGGAUCUUAUAGCAUACGGAACAAGAACGCUCAACAUGACCAUCAAGGCAAUGAUGGCCUAUUUGAUCAGUGACAGGGCUGCGUCACAAUUCAGCAUGGAUGGCCGUAAAGGCAAGGUUAGGUUUAGAGACCUGAAGCUUUGCAAGGUUCUCUUCUGUAAGUAUACAUAUUUACAUUUGGUAGAGAGUGACUCUACCAAAAGUGACUUGAAGCUCAAAAUGCUCCCAUUUAUUUUAGUGGCUGCUCGGCGGACACGCCAUCACAAAGACUGCACAGUAGAUGACGUGGUGUGCCAAGUAAAGGAGUGGCUGCGCAGGGCAAAAGAAAGGUGUGCAGCCACUGAGAAGAAGGACUGAAAGUGUGUGUGAAAUUGUUUUCUUUGAGUAACCAUUUGGCAGAGCUUAAAGCUAAUGCUUGAAAUGUAGUUUAAUUACUUGUUUGAUUCUUUCAGGUGCUGCAGAGAAACAGGGCCAUCCUU